UCCUCAUAUCGUACCCCUAUUUUCAGCUCUCCCUUCUCUCUCUCUCUCUCUCCCUCUCUCUCCCCCAACUAUUUUUUCCACACAUUUAUUAUUACAUUUCGCUCUCACUACACUAUUUGGCCGUUGUACUUCCCUCCCCCCUUCUCUCACUCUCUCUCCACUCUCUUAACUAUAAACCCACCACAUCUCUCACUCCUACUCCAAUCACUUAUCUUCAAGUCUAAGCAAAACCCAUUUCAGAUUUCAGAAAACCCAUUUGAAGGUUCAAAACUUUUACUCGAAUCCCUUGAAAAAUAAGGAAGAGAAAUAGAAAGAAACAGAAAUCAUGCAUAGGUGCAGUAGUGGCUCUUCACAUGGCGGCAACAUGGUCGGCGGCCCAUGCUCGUGCGGUGUCCUUCACCACACCCAGUCCAACUCCUCCUUCUCCACGCUGUUCUCCAUGCCCAAUCAUCACAAGCCGUACGAUCAUAUUCAUCACGAAGCAUCGUACGAUCAUCAUCACAUGUACCAGUUCGCAUCCCCAUCUUCCUCCGUUGAUUGCACUCUCUCUCUAGGAACUCCCUCCACCCGUUUGACGGACAACGACGUCGUUUCCGACGACAGGCAUAGCCGCAACGGUGAGCGGCGCUCCGGUAACUGCGUUUCCAACUUCUGCUGGGACUUGUUGCAGCCCAAUAAGUCAUCGCCGUCUUCCCAUCACAAGAACAGCAACCGCGGUGGCAAUAUCAACGGCGUGACUAACGCCGGCAGCGGUAAUAACGAUCCCCUCCUCGCUCGCCGCUGCGCUAACUGUGACACCACCUCCACCCCGCUCUGGAGAAACGGUCCGAGAGGCCCCAAGUCACUAUGCAAUGCCUGUGGAAUUCGGUUCAAGAAAGAAGAGAGACGUGCCACGGCGGCGGCUGCCAGCGGCGGUGGUUCGAGUGUCAUAGGAAUGGAGUCUAACGGAUACCACCACCAUAACUCAUGGAUUCCACACUCACAGACCCAGAAAAUGCCAUGCUUUGGUAACGAGUUUCGGUUCAUGGAGGACGACACUGCACACCACGAAAACGACAUUAACGGCAUCCCAUUCCUUUCGUGGCGCCUCAACGUCACUGACAGACCAAGCCUCGUCCAUGAUUUCACAAGAUAAUCAACUCGUGAAGAUGUUGAAGAUUACUUACUUUAUGUUGUUACUUAGUUUGUUUUUCUUUUUCUCAAGUGUCUUUCUUUUUCUUUUCUUUUUUAUUUUUCGGUUUCUCUUGUUCUAUUGAAGUUACAUAUAAAUUACCCUACUACGACGUUUCUGUUAUAAAUGACGACCAUGAUGAUUAUGAUUA